AUGGCCUCGGGAGAACGCUACGAGGGCGGGUUCUACCGCAACGCCUGGAGUGGGCGGGGGAACUACUUCGUGAAGGAUGGCGCCGUCCUGCAGGGGGUCUUCCGCCGAGGAAGGCUGCGCAGGCUGUGCUAUCAUGGGGAGGUGGAUAGCCGUCGACGGCCCCACGGUCGCGGUGUGAAGUAUUCAACCAACGGCUCAAUCUACAACGGGGAGUGGCAUCACGGCGAGCAGCGUGGGACCGGGGUUUUGCAGGACCUCAACGGUCGCAUCUACAGCGGCGAAUUUUGUAAUGGCCACAUGAACGGUCAAGGGAAACUUAUCGAGGGCGGGAACGUCUACUACGGCGAAUUCGUAGACUCCCUCAAACACGGCAAAGGGAUCGAGUUUUUCGGCCUUUACGCGAUGGAGGGCCAAUGGGUGCGUGGACUCAGUAAUGGAUACUGUAAGUUAUGGGAUUGUAUCACUCACGAGCUCUACGAAACGACCUACCGCAACGGAAAAGAGCAAGACGACUGCUUUCCAUGCCCUAUCAAAGUCGAGGACUGGUUGUCAUUGAACUGCUCAAACUGCAAAGUGGGCUUCUCUCUAUUCCUUCGGCGCCAUCACUGCCGUCUUUGUGGGGAUGUCUUCUGCGAUGCCUGCACGCAGGCCCGCGCGACACUGCCAGAUCAUUUCGCUAAAAGAUCCAAAGACGGCGAGGUGAAUAGAACCUACCUGGAUGCCCAACGCGUAUGCAAUGCGUGCACUUUGCGGCUUCGACAACGUCGGAUACUAGCGAUUAAGCGGUACGCCGACCGGUCUGUCUACGCGGGACUCUGGAGUCAGGGCCAGUGGGUCUCCUGUGGUCUGUAUUGCCACCCAGAUGGGCUUUUUAUCGUAAUGGAUAAACACGGCAAUCCGAUUCUUUCGAAACAGAAGCCUAGUAAGAUUGAGCAUGUAGAUGGCGAAAAAGAUGACAAUGAAACUUCCUGUGAGGCGUCUGAUUUAAAGGGUAGCCUGGCCUCCCAAAAUCCCACAUUAACGAAAACAGGGGAAAUUUUGAAAGAUGCGAGCCCCUCAAAGGAGGUCCUGAACGUGCUAACGGAAAGCUCCCCCUAUGAGGAACUCGAACUAUUCUCAAAGUGGUGGUCACAUAUAUCGACGGUAUGUAAGCUGCUUGUACCUCUUGAUGUACCACCUAUUCAGCUAUGCGUGGGUCUUCUCCAGGAGCCAUCACGCAUGGAUGCAAAUGAAAACCAAGCGGAGGGUGGCGACACUUCAGGCGCUACCCGCACUGAGGUCGAGAACCGCCUCAAAUGCUUUCCCAUACCCCCUGUGAUGCCCUCACCCAAGCUUUUUGUCUGUCUGCAGGAUGUCUAUCAGGAGUGCAAGACCUCCACCAGGAAGGAACCCCUUGAAGGGGAGAAAGAAAAGGCAGAUGAACUGACCGCCAUAAGAAACCCGGCAUUAACCCAUCAUGAGCCUUAUGAAUACGAAGAUGAAAAUGUCUAUUGUGCGGUGCUUCGGGCCGCGAGGUUCACGCCGGAGGUCAUCCCCCCCCAGCCGCCAUUGCCCUUCCCCCGUGGCGUCCCGCAGCGGACGCCUUGGAAGAACAGCAUUCAAGCCGAAGAUGCGGACGCGGGGAAAAUGGCGAAUCUCAGGUCCUACGACCCCUUCUUCCCUCAGCCACCUCGACUGGAGGACGACGACCGCAGCGACAGGGCGGUGCUCGAGCAAAUUGCCGAGGCGCGCCUCAAAAAAGCGGCCGCCUUCAGCCCCGCUGGGAGUCCACUGAUCGCCAGCACCCCAAACCCGCCCCCGAACGGGACCAAUGCGGCGAUUCCAUGGACGGACUGGGUCACGCGUGAGGUCCCGACCUACAGAGGGAACGCCGCGAAGGCGGAAGGCCCACCCGCCCCGGGCCCCUCCGAGGCCCAGAGCUACGUCGCCUGCCCUUUCUGGCGGCCGACCCCGACCGACGCGCAGGCGGCGCUGGUGGCCGGGAAGAUGAGCCGCGCGAUUGAGCUGAUGCUCGACAAGGACGCCCGCCUGGAGGACGGCGGAGACAAAAACGGGAGCUCUUUCCCCGCGUCCGCCCCCCUGGCCCAGGACCCCAAGCCACCCGACGACCCCUCUUCCGGGCUUUCCUCGGAAGACGACUCCGUGGGGACCCCGGACAGGGGCUGGCACAGCCUCAAGUCCCCACGGAAAGGGGCCCCUGCGGAGAGCGGGGUCGGAUGGCUGCCCGCGCCACUCGCCGGGCCGUUCACGUUCCACAUCCGGACGCUCCCUGUUCCCACGGCUGGGGAGCGAACUGCGAAAAAUAUGAGGCGGGUGAAGGUCUCCAUGACCCCCUAUAGUCUACGGAAUGAGACCUAG